AUGGACGCCGUUCACCAAGACUCUUGGUCACGGCCCACAGCCAACUCUCUCCCUCCGACUCCUCCCCAGAAUACUUCUCAGAAGAAACCGAGACAUCGCCAUUCCCCUGCCCAGCUGGCAGCAUUAAAUGAAUUGUUUGAUAAAAAUGAACAUCCUCCGCUGGACGUGCGCACAGCUUUAGCAGAACGACUUGGGAUGGAAACAAAGACAGUCAACGCUUGGUUUCAAAAUAAACGGGCUUCCUCCAAGAAAAGAGCUCGUAAUGCUGUCUCGGAUGUUUCUCCCGUCAAUCCCGCACCAGGGGUCUAUUCUUCCGAUUCACCAUCAAACCCACAUCAUCUUGCAGAGUUUGACGAUUUUCACGACGAAGAGUAUUCUUCCAUAGACAUGCCAUUUGAAUCGGAUGUUCCAUCCGAAAGUUUUUCAUCGUUUUACUCGGGUAGUCAAGAUCACACCUUUUUCCUGGACUCAGAUACAAUGCCCCGCAGAAUGCGCAUGCGACCUACUACUGAACAGACAGAAGAGCUCAAAAAAUUGUACAACAUUAACCCCCAUCCAACAACAGAACAGAGACAAGUGCUUUCCAGACGCAUUGGAAUGCGAUAUCAAAGCGUCGCAAAUUGGUUUCAGAAUCAACGCAGCCUAGCAAAGAAGAAAAAAGAGGACGAAAUCGACAUGUGUACAUUGUCAUCUUCGAGGUCAGGAUACCGCGAAUCAAGGCAGUACUCAGCUUUUCCCCCUCCGUCACACCAUCCGUCGUUAGUUCCGCCGCAGAUGCCUUACGCCCCCACCUACCCCUUUUCCGUCCGGCCUGCUGGUAUACUGAGAUCUCCGAGUGUCUCACCAUCGAUGGAAGAUUAUAUCCCGCGCAGAUCUUUUGGUCGAAGCUCAGUUUCAUAUGGUGGCCCAGGCACAACCUUCUCAAGACCAAGGAGGUCUCGUCCUGAACCCUUCCAGCUCGACGCACUUAAGGAUCUGUUUACAAAGACCCCAACUCCGACGAUUGAAGAGCGAUCUGCUUUGGCACUUGAGAUUGGAAUGGAUGUUGGCAAGGUAACAAAUUGGUUCCGCAAUCUCCGUCAAACAGCGAGAAAACGGACCAAACGGUCAGGAAGUGCUGACGACGACGAUUACGAUGGGUUCAGCGGACGAAUCUCUUACUCUGCUUUCGAUUCCCACUUUGGCACACCGUCCUUCGGUUCCUCGUCAUCGUCUCUAAAUGACGAAUCUAUGGACUUGGAGCCGUUUGAUUAUGAUAUGCAUUCCGACAUUGGAAGUGAAGACGAGUUUCAAGAGGCGGUGACUCCUUCCCCAGAAGCCUCACCGUCCCCUCCUCCUCCGCCUUCAAACUCCCAUCUCACCAUCGAAGGCUUUACUUCUUUCAACGAACCUGCAUAUUACGCAGAAUUCGAAAAACGCUCAGCUACAUACUCUGACAUCAAAUUCGAAGACGCACUUUUGCUCCUCAGCUUCCAUCAACAUAGUGUUCACUAA